AUGGCCGGGUCCCGUCGAGUGAGCUACAACAUGGGAGUUUGCGUCCUCCUUCCUCACUGCCACUGCACGCUCGGCCAUUCGCGUCUGGAGUUAUCUUCUGGUUUCUCCGACGUAGUUGCUUUGUCCACAACUGCACCAGAUCCCGUAAACGACUCCAGCCGUCUCCUGCCGUGGCAGUGGGUAUUUCGGCCUCAUGACCCUGUGCCUGAUGUUUGCUUGUGGUCUGUGGGCAACUCCAACUCCAAGUAG